UUCUAACACUACCCAGCUGACGCAAAGGCCCAGCCACGUUGUGAAAAAGCCGACUGAGGGCGAAUACGAAAUUAAUACGAGUUAAAUAGCUAAACAAACAGGCUAAGAUGGUAUUGGAUCUGGAUCUAUUCCGUAGCGAUAAGGGCGGCAACCCGGACGCCAUUAGGGAGAACCAGAAGAAGCGUUUCAAGGACCUGGCGCUGGUGGAGACGGUAAUCUCCAAAGACACCGAGUGGCGUCAGUGCCGUCACCGUGCCGACAACCUGAACAAGGUGAAGAAUGUCUGCAGCAAGGUGAUCGGGGAGAAGAUGAAGAAGAAGGAGCCUGUCGGGCCGAUGAGCGAGGAGGUGCCACAAGCCGUAGCCGACAAUCUGGCUGAUAUCACUGCCGAGACGCUGCAGCCAUUGACGGUGAGCCAGAUCAAGCAGGUGCGCAUUCUGCUGGACAAUGCCAUGACUGAGAACCAAAAGUCCCUGGAGUUGGCGGAACAAACCCGAAACACGGCGCUCCGGGAGGUGGGAAAUCAUCUGCACGAAUCGGUGCCGGUGUCCAACGACGAGGACGAGAAUCGCGUGGAGCGUACCUUCGGAGACUGCGAGAAACGCGGAAAGUACUCGCAUGUGGAUCUUAUUGUUAUGAUCGAUGGCAUGAACGCGGAGAAAGGAGCCGUUGUCUCUGGUGGUCGUGGUUACUUCCUUACCGGAGCCGCCGUCUUCCUGGAACAGGCUCUUAUCCAGCACGCUCUGCAGCUGUUGUACACUAAAGACUACACUCCUCUGUACACGCCCUUCUUCAUGCGCAAGGAGGUGAUGCAGGAAGUGGCCCAGCUAUCGCAGUUCGAUGAGGAGCUCUACAAGGUGGUUGGCAAGGGCAGCGAGAAGGCAGAGGAGGUUGGCAUCGACGAGAAGUACCUGAUUGCUACCUCAGAGCAGCCCAUUGCCGCAUAUCACCGGGACGAGUGGCUUCCAGAGGCCUCGCUGCCAAUCAAGUAUGCCGGACUCUCAACUUGCUUCCGCCAGGAAGUCGGCUCCCAUGGCAGGGACACACGCGGCAUCUUCCGCGUGCACCAGUUCGAGAAGGUGGAACAGUUCGUGCUAACCUCGCCCCACGACAACAAGUCUUGGGAGAUGAUGGACGAGAUGAUCGGCAACGCCGAACAGUUCUGCCAGUCGCUGGGCAUUCCAUACCGCGUGGUUAACAUCGUGUCUGGUGCCCUCAAUCAUGCCGCCUCCAAGAAACUGGAUCUGGAGGCUUGGUUCGGCGGCAGUGGCGCUUACAGAGAGUUGGUUUCCUGCUCCAAUUGUCUGGACUACCAGGCACGCCGCUUGCUGGUGCGCUAUGGCCAGACCAAGAAGAUGAAUGCCGCCGUAGACUAUGUCCAUAUGCUGAACGCCACAAUGUGCGCCGCCACACGUGUUAUCUGCGCCAUCCUGGAAACGCAUCAGACGGAGACUGGCAUCAAGGUGCCAGAGCCUCUGAAGAAGUACAUGCCGGCCAAGUUCCAGGACGAGAUUCCUUUUGUGAAGCCUGCUCCCAUUGAUCUGGAGCUGGCCGCUGCCGAGAAACAAAAGGGCAAGAAGGAAAAGAGUAAGAAGGAUCCUGCCGCCGCUUAGGACUACUCAACUAUUAUCCGGAAAAUACUGCUAAACUAAGCUUGCAAAGUCCUCAAAAUUUUUGUUACUUAUCGACUUAACUAAUAUUUAUGGCAUUUAUGUACACUUUAUGAAGAUUAAAAUGGAACAAGCUGAGCUUCGAA